AAGAGAAUGAAAAACUGUAGACGACCAAAAAUACCAGAGACAAUUCCAGCAUUAAUACAGCUUUUAAAUAUGCCAGAACACAUUAGCUAUAGAACUACUCUACGUGAACCAUCGUCAGACUUUUUUCAACAGGCAUUAACUGUUGAAGGUAUUACAAUCGGUGUAAUAUUUGCAAAUUUAGAUUUGAUAGCAAUGUUUAACGAAGAGUUACGCACUGUAACUUAUGUAGGUUGUGACGGAACAUUUAAGACCACUCCGAGUUCACCUAAACAGUUCCGUAGAGGUUCAUUAAUGACAUUUCAAAUUGUAUACAAAAAUGUUUCAUUUCCAAUUGUAUAUGCACUCUUGUCCACGACUACAGAACAAGCAUACAUCACUUUCUUUCUGGUAGUUAGAAAUAUGUUACCAUUAAAUUAUGAUGGUCUUACAAUAAUCACAGAUUAUGAGCGUGGGCUGAUGAAUGCUGUACAAGAGGUGUUUCCAGAGAGUCGACUACAAUGUUGUUGGUUUCAUUUCUGCCAGUCAAUUGUGAGAUAUUGUCGGCGUAGGUACAAUCUGGUAUUAGACCUCAUUAAAACCAAUCCUAUAGCUGCCCGUGUAUUGCGCAUGGUUUUAGCAUUGCCUCAUUUACCACCUAACAGAGGAAAUGAAAGUUGCCCAAAUUUUUGUAUAGAGGAUGGUUUUAGGGCAAUUUUACAAUAUGCGCAUCAAAAUAAUGAAAUCUACCAACGCAUGGAAACAUUUUUGAUUGGAUACGUACAAAACUUUUGGUUGAUUCAAGUUGGACCUGAAUUAAUAACAGUAUUUGCUAGCGAGAUUAGAACAAAUAAUUAUUUGGAAUCUUUCCACAAUCAACUACUCAGGUUUUUUGGGAUGCAUCCUAACAUCUGGGACUUUAUACAGAAACUGAGAAUUUUGGAAAACCAAUAUUAUGUGGAGAUGUUACAAGCAAGAAGAAAUCUUACCAUCCGGGAUCAAACUUCUAGAGGGGAACGUGCUGUAAACACAGCGCUAAUAAGGAGAUCAAUCGAGCAGCUUAAUGAAGUCAAUGACGUAUUAAAAUGUCUCAGAAGCAUGGGCCGAGCUAAUGCUGAUUACCUAAGACGCCAAAUCGGUCCACCUCCAUCACCAUAGCCUCCAUCCUAUAAAUAAUUAUUAUAUUUUUACACUAUUUUUACACUAUUAUUAACAUUUAUUUACAAUUUAUUUAACGAACAAUUAAUAUCUUUUAGUUCAUUUUAGAUUCUGAGCAAAGCAAUGAAUGUAUUGUAUUUACAAUGAUGUAUGUUUUUAUUUUUUUUUUAUACAUAGGCAAAAUUUUUGUCAGAAUCUAGAAAUUUAUCAAUCAUUGCAAUUAAAAAUUUAUAAAAUGUUCAGUUUUUAUAACUAAGAGUUGAAAAUUUAAAACAAAGAUUCU